AUGGCCAUGGCGCUGUGGCACUUCUUUGGGACGCUGAGCCUCAUGGUGUCUGCGGCCGUACAGGCAUCGGACGUAUCAAAAGGCAGCAAAGGCGCUGCCCUGGGCUGUCUCGCCGAGAUUUAUCCCAAAGAGGCAUGGCCUCAGCUGCACACCUAUGCGGAUGCUGCAGCGCUGCUUGAGAAAUCCUGCCGCAACCUGGGGCAUGUGGGCGAGACCUGCGCUGACGUGGCGGGAGCCGUGUUUGCCCGCUUCGGCACGCGCAUGUCAAGCCCGAUCGCUGCCGACGAAGAGCUGUGCAGUGCAGUCCUUGCGGCAUUCACGUCCAUCAUUUCGACGGCGACCACCUUGCCGCAGGAGGUCGUGGAGAAGCUCCAGCAGGCGGAGGACCCGGGGGUGCAAAGCUUCCUGGACCGCUCGAAGCGCUGCAGCCUGGGUGCCUGCGACUUUGGCCCCGAGGACGAGAGCGUUCCCCCACCGAAGGAGACGCUCCGCUGGUGCCCAGAGAUCCUCGAGUGGCUGCACCGCGAGAAGCGCUACGGGCCCGAGGGCUACCACGUCAUCUGCCUCGAUGACUCCGGGGAGGGCCUCAAGCGCUCCGGCUGGUUCUUUGCGAAUGCCUCUGCGGCCAGCGCUCGACGCAUCUCCGUGCCGAGGCCCUGGGCAGCUUUCCGGAGCACCUUCCAGCGAUGGCUGCAGCCCAGCAGUAGGUGGGAGCUGCAUCCAUGGCGGCUCUUCGACACGGCGGGCCGUCCAGUUGAAACGGUUGAGGCGGCCGGGCAAGCAUCGCUCCUCUUGCUUUUCGAAGGCGGCGAGUUCCAAUACCCCGCCGUGCACCUCGGCUUCCAGCGCCGCGUCGCCCUGCCCGGUGCGGUGGCGAAGCUGCGCACCCUCUCGCUGCGACCGGUGGUCUUCUCCGUGGAGGGCUUCGCGGACGCCGCGGAGCGGCGGGCGCUGAAGAAGCUGGCCAAGCCGCUGCUGAAGAAGAGUGAAGUCCGGCAGUUUGACAACCACGAGAUGGAAAGUGAGCAGAGCUUUCGGUCUUCCUGGUCCGCGUUUUUGCCGACAGAGGACCCUUUGGUGAGCCAGAUCAUGAAUCGGAGCCGAGAGCUGACCAAGGUGGCGGGGCGUGUCGAGAACCUGCAAGUUAUGAGGUACCGCCACGGGCAGCAGUACCAAGCGCACUGGGACUUCUUCGACCCCCAGUACUUCAAGAAGCAGCCUGAGGUGCUGGGGCGCCUCACGCACCGGCGCAACCGGAUGUUGACGAUGCUCUUUUACUUAGCCAGCUCCGCCGGAGGCGGCCAGACGGCCUUUCCCAUGGCCUACGGCGCGCCGCGCCCCAUGGAUCCGGAGGAUUGCAGCUCCUGGCUGCAGGUGCCAGCGAAGCGAGGCAAGGCAGUGUUGUUCUACAAUCUGCAUGCAGAUGGGCGGCUCGAUCGCUCGUCCAACCACGCAGGCUGCAAGGUGAGCAGUGGGGAGAAGUGGUCGGCCAACAUCUGGGCAUGGAAUUCGGCGAACCAGGAAAUCCUGGAUCCAGAGUAUGACGAUGAGCUCUAA